AUGUCUCCUGUGAACACCAGCAGCAGCCUCCGGCCCUCCUCCUUCCUCCUAAUGGGCAUCCCGGGACUGGAGGCCACUGCCCAGCACUGGAUCUCCAUCCCUCUGUGCUCCAUGUACCUCUUGGCUUUGCUGGGAAAUCUCCUGCUUCUUGCCGUUAUCCAGAGUGACCCCAGCCUCCACGAGCCCAUGUACCUCUUCCUAGCCACGCUGGCCAUCACCGACCUGGUCCUCUCCACCUCCACGCUGCCCCAGAUGCUGGCCAUCUUCUGGCUGGGCCCCAGGUCAAUCAGCUUCCACUCCUGCAUGGCCCAGAUGUUCUUCAUCCACACCUUCUCGUCGGUGGAGUCCGGCAUCCUGGUGGCCAUGGCUCUGGAUCGCUACGUGGCCAUUUGCCUCCCCCUCAGGCAUUCGGCCAUCUUGAAGCCCUCCACCGUGGCCAGGAUGGUGCUGCUGAUCCUCCUCCGGGGCCUGGUCCUCAUCCCCCCCUUUGCCCUCCUCCUCUGGAGGCUGCCUUUCUGCGGGCACCGAGUCAUUCCCCACGCCUACUGUGAGCACAUGGCAGUGGUCAAACUGGCCUGUGCAGACACCACCGCCAACACCAUGUACGGGCUGGCAGUGGCCCUGUUUGUGGUGGGGCUGGACACCCUCUGCAUUGCCCUCUCCUACACGAUGAUCCUCCGGGCGGUCUUUGGCCUCCCCUCCAGUCAGGAGCGGCUCAAGGCCCUCAGCACCUGUGCCUCCCACUGCUGCGUGAUCCUCAUCUUCUACAUCCCCGGGCUCUUCUCCUUCCUCACCCACCGCUUUGGCCACAAUGUCCCACACCACAUCCAUAUCCUGCUGGCUACCCUCUACCUCUUGGUGCCGCCAAUGCUCAACCCCAUAGUCUAUGGGGUGAAGACGAAGCAGAUCCGUAUCAGGGUAGUGCGGGUCUUUUGUGUGAGGGUGGCUUGA